AUGAACGCGUCAUCUGCCAAUGUGACGGUGGUUUUACAGUAUCGAGACUCCUUCACUAAAGCUGUGAUCAAGAAUGUGAUUGUUGUGGUUCUCGGGAUCUCCAUCAACUACAUCAAUGCAGGCCUCAUUCACACCUUCUGCAAACACCAGAUCUUCUACAUGAAUCCUCGAUAUAUACUUUUCAUUCACCUGGUUGUCAACGACAUGAUCGAAGUGACAGUGACUGUGAUCCUGUUCGUCAUCAGCUACACCAUCUACCAAAUUAAUGUCUCCGUCUGUUGCAUUUUAACCCUGUUUGCUCUAUCUACCACUGAAAACACCCCUCUGAACCUGGCUUGCAUGGCGGUGGAGUGCUACAUCGCCAUUUGCAUCCCCCUUCGCCACGUGCAGAUCUGUUCCGUCAAGAGAACUUUAAUGCUGAUUGGUUUAAUCUGGGCGACAACCAUGUUUUCUGCUCUUGCUGAUCUGUUCAUCACUUUGGCCACUGAGCCACUGGAUUACUUUUAUUCCCGACUCUUUUGUCUCCCAAAAACUGUCUUCCCGAAUCCAGUUAUCAUCAAGAAGAGAGAUAUCACAUAUUCAGUGUAUCUAGUUCUAGUUUGGAUCACUAUCUUUUACACUUACUUCAGAAUCCUGUUAACCGCUAAAACAGCUAGCAAAGAUGCUAAAAAGGCCAGAAACACAAUCAUCCUCCAUGGGUUUCAGGUGCUGCUGUGUAUGGCAACAUAUGCAGAACCCCCGUUAAAAGAGGCUCUGCUACAAUGGUUCCCUAAGAACUACACAGACUCCCUUUUUAGUUGUUAUAUUAUUAUACAGAUCCUGCCAAGAUCCAUUAGUCCAAUCAUCUAUGGAAUGCGAGACAAGACUUACAGGAAGUACCUGAAAAGAUAUCUGUUAUGUAAAAUCAGCACAUAUAAAGCAACUAUUCAUAGACUAUAA